AUGUCUGCCAGCCAAGGGAACCAUAUCGUCUGUGUGGGUGCUGUCUACAUAGAUACUAUCUUGACUGUCCCGCACUUUCCAAUUGAAGAUGAGAAGUUGCGCGCUAAAAGCAUCACGCGAAGAAGAGGUGGGAACACGGCAAAUAGUUUGGAGGUGCUGUCACAACUGCUAGAGCACGACAAAGCACCUGCAAAUCCGCCAAUUUCGACAAACUUGCAUCUGAUAGCAGUACUUCCGAGCGAGCAAUCUGCAGCCUCCCAAUUCAUCUUGGAAUCUCUUCCAGGCGUGAAUAUAUCUGAGUGUAGUUUAUUCCGAACAGACCACCAGGAAGCCGCCUCCAGCUACAUCAUCCAAAGUGAAGCAAAGCGCUCGAGAACUAUUGUCAGUAUCAACGAGCUUCAAGAGAUGCAGGCCUCUGAAUUCUGUCAAAAAGUUCAGGAAUUUGCCAAAAUGAAUGCGGGGCAGGUUUGGGAAAAAGCUUGGUUUCAUUUCGAGGGCCGAAUUCCAGAGGUUACACAUUCCUGUGUCAAGUUCCUGCGCAGAGACUUCCCCCACUUCAGAAUAAGCGUGGAGUGCGAGAAGCCUGAGCGCACAGAAAUGGCAGAGGUCGCAAAGCUCGCCGAUGUGGUAUUCUAUUCGAAGCUUUGGGCAGAAAAGAACGGAUUCAGAGAUGCGAGGAGCUUUCUUGAAGCACAGCGCGCAGACAAGCAGGAUGGUGCAAUACUUUGCUGCACAUGGGGUUCCGGAGGUGCCAUGGCAGUCAAAAAAGGAACUGACGAGCCUUGGGCGGAUGCUAAGGCAUGGCAACCGCAGAAAGAUGAGUCCAUUGAGGUUGUCGAUACGAUUGGUGCUGGAGACACUUUUAUCGCUGGAAUGCUCUUCGCUCUUAACAAUCAUGAUGAAUGGGCCUUACAGCGUAAAUUGGAAUUCGCAAACGAACUUGCUGGCCGCAAGGUCUUACAGGAAGGCUUUGUCAAUCUGGGCGUCAAGAUGUGGUAG